AUGAACGACUUGGACCGCAUCUGUCAGCCUGUGGCAUCGAAUGCGAAUCCUCGCCGUUCUUCAUCUUCCAGCAACGACAUCGAUCGGAGCAACUGGUGUCCUGCCCUUCCGAACAAGCCUGUCCAAUCUCCACCCUAUCGAGUUCCCACACCGCCAGGCCUGCCAUCCUUUGGGACGGAGGAGGCCAAUGAUUACAGGCUUCCGGGACAGCAUUCUCCCGGGAGGUCACUUUGGAAUCGUCUUUGGCGGCAUUCCCAGGACGGAAGUGACGAGCAGCCACCGAUCAGUCCUCGCCUUCUGGGGUCCCCUUUGUUAGGCCCUCAGAACCCUCAGAUGGGCCCUCCCAGCGAGGUUCUCAAGCGAACCCUGGCAAUGCUGGGGAUGGCACGGGUUGUUAGUCCUCCGCCGCCGUCUCUUAAGCACGGACGUGUCCCCCUGCCGCCCGGUGUGGUUACCGCCAAUAACGGGACUGGAGCACUAGCCCAAGCCGAUGAUGGUACCUAUAUCAGAGGGAGGUUUGGGCCUCGAGCGAGCGGCCACGGUGUCGGCGGGAGGAGUCUAGAGGCGCACCCGAUUGCGCGAACGGCCCAACUCAGUGCAAUUGAGGAACAAGUGAGGGAGAUCGACAAGGCUUGUGAGAGAGUCGACGCAGAGAAUGCACUUUCUCAGAUACCCUUCAACGAUAUGGGCUGCGAGGUUGGAACUGGUGUCCCUUUCAACCAGGAGCCGCAGGAGAUGGGAGAAGCCCGGGCAGCCGAGUCUCCACCGCCGCAGGGGGUUUCCGAAGAUGAAUCAUUGAGCCCUGCUAUCUAUCUGUCGCCUCCGUCCAUGUCACCCCAGAUGCAUGUCCCGGACAGUCCCGAUCAGGGCGCGUCGUCAAUGCAAGAGGGGCCAUAUUUUGAAUCUGCACGGCUCAGAUCUCCGCCUAGCCUUCCGCACUCCGUCAUGGGACAGAUUCCUGGGUAUCCUUCAUCCACUCUCUUGUAUUUGAGGAGCAUGGAAAGCAUGCCUGGCCUCUUCAGCGCUGCGGAAGAGGCCGAGCGGACACGGGUCCGAGAGCUGGUGUUGGAGGAGAAGAGGAGGGAGCAACGAAAGCUGUGGUCACAGAUGCGCUGCGCUGCUGAAGACUGCUGUCACGAGGUGUGGCAUUUGUGGGCAUGUGCAAGUUCUUGUGGAGGCCACCGUUGUUGUCGACGAUCUGAAAGUGAGUUUUAG